CAUGAGCUUAGGAGCCAUGUCUUCUAGAUUUCAUUUUCCCACUGAGAAAAUUUUCCUCCACCCACGUCUAUCGGUCAUCUUUAUCAACCCUAUAUGACGAGUGGCCGAGACUAUCCUUCACUGUUUGUUGAUAUCCAUCCCCCAGUGCCAUUGACACCGAUGAAGGAAGGAAUUCUUCCAAUAAGAUUCAUGGUCUUCCCUCCGUCCUUGGGUUGGGUUGAAUUGAAUUGGUUCAUUUGACUGAAGGAAAUGCCUCCCCACUUUGCCCUCCUAUUGAUUUAUUCCACGAUGGAGACAUUGCAUCCCUUUUCCAUUUCUUCUUGUCUUCCAUUAAAAGUUGAGACUUAAGAGUCUCUCUCUCUCUCUCUGGUGUUCGUUGGAAUUGAUUUGAAUUUCUUGGAGGACGAGGAGGACGAGGAGGACGAGGAGACCGAUAGAGGGUUUUGGACAUUAUAGUUGUUGAGCCAUCAUACGACAAUUGGUAUAUCCGCGUUAACUCCACUCGCUAAGAAACCUUUUUCCUUUCGGAAGUUUUUGAGGUAAUUCUUCUACUUCUUUCUGAUUUCCUCUGCAAAUUACAGUCUUAAGGACUUGCGAUUUUGAUUCAAUUCCUUUUUAUCCUUUUGGGUCUAAAUUUGAUUUAUAUGUUUCCCUAUCAAGAACUAGAUUUUCUAAAUCCUUUAACAGAAACUAAGGUUUACUACGGAUCAUGACAGAAUUCCUUGAUCCGUAUUCCAAUUUAGAAGAGAUUACUAUAGAGUUUCAAUAGGUUUAGGUCUCCUUUCCUUUUUUUUUCCUUUUUCCUCUCUCUAAAAAGGAAAACUGUAACAGCCGAUCUGGAGUUCUAGAUCUCUGGAUCCUUGAUCUCCUGUGUCAGUUCUUUUUUCUCUUUUUUAGUUAUAGUAUAAUAAUCACUUCCGCAAUUAUAUCCGAAAGUUGGAAGUCCAAUAAAUAAGUAGUUAAUGAAUGAACGGAUGAAACCUUACAGCCAAUUCAUGUAAGAAUGUUCCUCAAAACCACUCUCCAAUUCAUGCAUAAAAACCCCUUUAUUUAAUUAAUCCCCUUUUCCCUCCAUCAUCAUCCUCUCUCUAUCUUUCCUUCUUGUUACUCUCUCCUCUCUUUCUCUGAAUCUCUUCAAUAAUGGGUUGCGCAAGCUCCAAGCAAUCGAGAUGCCGUCACUGCGGCAAGGACCCAUCUUUAUCUCGCAGCAAUUCAGUGCCUCUGCACCUUCCCAUGCCCGUCCACCACCCAGCCCAGCGCUAUGGCGAGAGUCACCACAUAGUCGCCCUCACUUCCUCCACCUUGGGUUUUCUCAAGCUUGAUUCCCCACUACAUAAUCACUACGGCCACCAUGAUCACAUCUCCACCAAUGGGACUGCUCUCUACAACAACGACGACGACGACCAUGAGGACAGUGACGAUGCCUCCGAUUAUAGCAGAGAGAAGAAGCAGAGAAAUAAUUCCAAUCGACAAGACAAGAGCACAGAAAAGGUGGUAUUUUCCAGGGAGUUACGAAUAGCCAAGACUUGGUCGGACAUGAUCAACGAGAAGAUCCCCAAGGUCGUCCCCAAGACCCCAGUCAGAACCCCGCCGGGCGAACCAGAGAAUAUCAACACCUGGGAAUUAAUGGAAGGCUUAGAAGACAGCAGCCAUCUCCGUCUCCCCAAUCUUGCAGACCCAGAACGCUGCUUCUCCUUUAACGCCGUCCGCAAUUGCUCACCUUUCGAUCCCUCCAGUCCCAAACUAAAGCAGGAAAACGGCAACGGAACACCCAUACCCCUAUGGCUUCAAAUGUCAGAGAGCGAUCCCGAUCCCGAUCCCAAUCCCAAUCCCAAUCCCACUCCCAAGCCCAUCGUCUCAGAUUUCGAUCCGGAUAUCAUCUCGACCUUCAGAAAAGCCCUCGAAGAUAUAUCACCGACGAACACUUCCCUUCUUCAGUCACCGGAGAGAGAGAAGAUUACAUCCCCUGUCAAUAACCGGUGGUGUUUGAUCCUGGCAUCCAAGGAAGAGGCGGUGGACAACGAUUUCAUGACGAGUACUAAUGGGUUCCAGUGCCCGCCAGGUGGGGAGAACAAGGUGGUCAUAUACUUCACGAGCCUGAGAGGGGUUAGGAAGACUUACGAUGACUGCUGCCAGGUGAGGUUGAUCAUGAAAGAAUUGGGUGUUCGAUUAGACGAGAGGGAUGUAUCGAUGCACUUCGGAUUCAAGGAGGAGCUGAAGGAGUUGUUAGGGGAUGGGUACAGAGGUGGUGGGUUACCCAGGGUGUUCGUAAAGGGGAAUUAUAUUGGUGGUGUGGAUGAGAUAAAGCAGUUGCACGAGGACGGAGGUCUAGAGAAGCUUGUCCAUGGGUGUGAGAAGGUAGACGAUCCCUGUGGUGGUGGUGGUGGACAGUGCGAGGCCUGUGGGGAUAUUAGAUUUGUGCCCUGCAAGAGGUGUUCGGGGAGUUGUAAGAUCUAUUACGAAGGUGGGGAUGAGGAGGAGGAGGAGGAGGAGGAGGAGGAAGGUGAUGAGGAUGAGGAUGAAGGCAAUCAUGAAUCUGAAUGUGGGUUUAUACGGUGCCCUGACUGCAAUGAGAAUGGGAUCAUACGCUGCCCUGUUUGUUGCAGUUAGUUCUUACAUUAGAGAGGUACAGACUACAAAAUUACAGAGAUCAAUGGCUACUUCAGUUUCAGUUGCUAGCCCAUAACAGUUUGAUUAGUCCAUUUUUAGUUAUUUUUCUUUGAUUUCUGCUUCUUUUUGUGUUUUCUUUGUUUAUUAUUUGUACACAAGUUUUGAUUCGUGGGUUAACCCUUCACUGUUGAGUUGAUGAAGGAAAACUUUUCCCUACAUUUACAAGUGAGAUAAAUGAAUCAGAGAGAUUCUUGUUACCAAUAAGAAAGAAAAGGGACAGAAAGAUGUAAGAUUCAUCAGAAGGAAUUACAAAAAGAAGUGAAUAAUUUGGUUAGUUGGCAAGCAGUUUUUCCCCAAUUUAAUGUCAUUCUGGCUCUCUCUUCUCCAA